CGACUGGUGUAUAGUUGAUUCAAACUAGCAAAAACAAGCUUCGGUAGUAAAUGCUUCUAAUCAUUUAUGGCUCAUUUUGAAGAGACUGAUUCUCUGUGACAUUACUCUUGCUUCAAUGCCAUAAUAUUAUGUGCAUGAAAUAUUUUCCAUCAUUAAUUUUUUUUUUUUACUGAACAAAGAAUAGAAAUAACCAAGUUGACUUUGCUGAGAUAAUACCACCGUUUUCUUCUAUGUUGGAAGUUUAAAGGUUUGAAUCUACCUACCUUCUUACAACGUUAGAUAAGCGCUAGAAGCUGUCAUCAACUUUUUUAGCAAAUUCUACCCUCUUAUUUCUAUUAUUAUUAUUAUUAUUUAUUGGAACCAAGACAAUAAUUUAUUUUAUUUUAUUCAAAAUUAAAAUUGCAUUGCCAGGUGGUUUCUAUAGAGAGGUCUGAGGAGGUGGUCUGCUGAUUGUUGGUUCAAGCUUCUCCAUCACUCCCUUGAGACCCGGGCUUUGCAUAAACCUCUGCCACUUUCUAGCUUUAAAAAAAAUUUAAUAAAUCAACAAAAUUACUGAAAGAAAAUUUUUAGAUUCAAGUCUUAUUUAUCUCCAUUUUUCUCUCUGUGAUCUUAAACCAAAUAGUUUCAGUUCCAUUGGAAGAGAUGGCAACAAUGGCUCUUGGAUCGAAAGGAGAGGCCUUUCAACUUGAAGGCCAAACAUGGGUUUGCAAGAAUGAGCUUCCAAGUGAUAUUAUUAUUAAUAUAGGAGAAGUGUCAUUUCAUCUCCACAAGUUCCCAUUGCUGCGCAGGAGCGGCCUCCUGCAAAACAUGAUCAAUGACCAUCAAAGCGAAGAUGGAAAAGGUUGCAUUCUUCAGCUUCAUGAUCUCCCCGGUGGCCCUAAAGCCUUUGAACACGUAGCAAAAUUCUGCUACGACGUCAAAUUUGAGCUCAACACUCUCAAUGUCGUCUCUGUGAGAUGCGCAGCAGAGCAUCUCGUCAUGACUGAAACAUAUUUAGAAGAAAAUCUCAUCAAACAAACCGAACAUUUCAUCACUGAAGUCUUUGAACACAACUGGAAAGAGUCAUUGCGAAUUCUUGAAACCUGUCAAUCUUUUCUCCCUCAUUCUGAAGAUCUCCAGAUAAUAUCGAGAUGCAUUGAUUCUUUAGCUGUGAAAGCUUGUGCUGAUCCUACUAUUUUUAGCUGGCCUUUUGUUUGCUCGGCGACUAAUGGUAGGGUUAUGUGGAAUGGGAUUGAUGCUAUUGGAGACAAGCCGAGAUCACCAAAGGCUGAUUGGUGGUAUGAAGAUGUUUCACUUCUAAGCCUACCUCUAUAUAAAAGACUAAUUUUGGCAAUAAAAUCGAAAGGAAUGAAACCUGAAAUUGUCUCUGGAUCUUUGAAGGAUUAUGCGAUAAAGCACAUACCGACGCUGAACACUAUGCAAGCAAACGCAAUUUCAGCUCAGUCUGAAACUGAGCAGAGAGUUAUCAUUCAUGAGUUAGUCGAAUUGUUACCAACCGAAAAGGGGGUAAAUCCUACAAGAUUUCUAGUAUGUUUGCUUCGAGCUGCUAUGAUAUUACACGCGAAUCCUUCGUGUUGGGAGAAUUUAGAGAAAAGGGUUGGUGCACAGUUGGAUGAAGCAACGGUAGAAGACAUUUUGAUACCAAACUUGGGUUAUACAGUUGAGACUCUUUACGAUGUAGAUUGCUUUCAGAGAAUUGUGGAGAGUUUCAUGUCAGUGAAUCAACCUGUUAAUGAUACAUAUUCUCCCGGAAUUGUUGAUGAAGGGCAGUAUUUGAUUAAUUCUACUCCUUCGUUGACGCCGAUGACAAUGGUGGCUAAGCUUGUUGAUUCAUAUCUUGGAGAAGUUGCAUCUGAUGUUAAUUUGAAAUUUCCAAAGUUUCAGGCCUUGGCAGCUGUUAUACCUAGUUAUGCCAGACCUUCUGAUGAUGGGAUUUAUCGAGCUAUUGACAUAUAUCUUAAGUCACACCCUUGGCUCUCAGACUCAGACAGAGAACAACUCUGCCAACUGAUGAACUGCCAGAAAUUCUCCUUAGAAGCCUGCACACACGCCGCUCAGAACGAAAGACUCCCACUCCGAGUCAUCGUGCAGGUCCUCUUCUUCGAGCAGCUUCGCCUGCGAACCACCAUCGCAGGCUGGUUCUUUGUAUCAGACAACAUCGACAACUCCAAUGGCCACAGUAGCAAUAUUUGCGGGAUUUCGAAGAAUAACAAUAGAAGAAUGGUACAAAGCGAGAUUUCGGAGAAGAAUGGGGAGUGUGGGGAUGAGGAGAUGAUGAAUAUGGAGAAUGAUGAUGAGGUGAAGUUGAGGAUUGCUCAGCUUGAGAAGGAGUGUUGGAGUUUGAAGAAAGAUCUUGAGAAGCUUGGGAAGGGCAAGGGGUUUUGGAGAAGUUUGUGUAGUAAGUUUGGAGGGAGAACAAGGCAGGAUUUUAAUGGAAAGCAAGUGUUUAUGGAGUGCUAGAAUUGGCGUCUUAUGAGUGAGUUCUUAAGUUUUUUUUUGAAUUGUUUAAUUUCUCUGUAUUUUUUUGUGUUGUUCAGAAUCUAGCGAAAGAUUGCGCAGUGUAGCAACCCAAUUUGUAAUCUAAAUGUCUGAGCACCUUGAUAGGGUAUGAAUCAAAGGCCAAUUGGUGUUCCUAUGAUUA